AAUAACGGCAAUUUAUAAAAGAUCGCUCUUGACGUACUGUUUAGCAUAUGCGCGCACCGCGUUUCCAAGUGAGGGCUAGUUUGACCAAGCAUUUCGCAGUGAGGGCUGGCUUGACCGCGGUCAGCUGCGCAUAGACGCCAAUAUUAUUUCUGUAGCUUUAAAGACAGCGACUCUUGAUAAAAUUGGCCUUGUAGCACAUUAUCUGGCUUACAACGAUUUGAAGGAGGUAUCGUUUAUGUUUUGACAACAUAUAUCUCAAGAGUUAUUGAGGCUGGAAGUUAGAAACUGAGGGUUGCAGCAAAAUAGAAAGUGUAAAUAAAUGGUUAGAAAGAAGUGGAGAUGUCUUCCGAGAAAACCUGAAUCAACAUCAUGACGACACAGAAAACACUGCUGGUCCUUCCGCUGCUCCUCACAUUACUGACAGGUGUGAUGAGUUCACAGGAAGCCCAGGUGUUAUAUGCCAGGGCAGGUGAGAUGGUGGUGCUAGAGUGCCCUUAUCUCAGUUACAAAGAUGGUACACCGCUGUGGACCAAUCACUCCACCCAGGAUGUGAAUGUGAUCAACAGCAUGUCCACAUCAGCUGACGUGCUGAUUCAUGGCCGGAGCCUUGUCAUUCUCAGAGCUUCUAUAAACCAUCAGGGCAACUACUCAUGCUCCUAUGGGAAUGCUAGCAGGCAGUUCUGGUUUGGGCUGACAGUGUACGCAACACAGUCCAGAGAGCAUGGAGAGAAGAACCAGAACCCUUCAACAUGCUACAUGCAGCAGUCAUGCAGAUUGAUAUGCCCUUUUGUAAACAUCACUCCUGUAAAUAUCACCAGAAACGGCAUUACAUGGCGCAAGGAGGGCGAGUCAUCGCCACAAAACGGUUACUUCGAGAGCAUCAGUGAAAAAGACAGCGGCAUCUACACCUGCACCAGAUCUUACCUGUACCGUGGUCAAACGUACAACGUGACCUUUACAGUCACAGUAGAAGUCAAGCCCAGCAGUGAGAUACUGUUGCCACACAAAAAUGAUGUAUUUCAUGUAGAUUUGGGCUCAACAGUGGUGAUUAACUGCACAGCUCUUGUGAAUUCAAACUUUGAUGACGUGUUCUGGUUGAGUGGGACAUCAUUUGUGGAAAGGAGCAACAGCCUUCCAGUCUUCUACAAUUAUACACGAGUGAAAAAUGCAGAAGAGGAAAAGCUGACAGCGUCUUUAGUUUUCCAAAAAAUAUCAGAGGAGGAUCUGUUGAGAAAUUAUACCUGCAAACUGGAAUCUAGCCACCAGUCCUCCAGCUUCAUCACCAUCACCCUGACUCGAAAAGCUCAUCAUUUCCCUCUCUCCCUGACUGUCUGCAUUGUGGCCAUCCUGGUGGUGAUUAUCCUAACUAUAGUCGGUGCAGUGAUCUUAUUUCGUGUUUGCAGCCGCAGGAAAGGCUGCAUAAGGCUGCACAGAGUGGAGAGGAACAGUUCAAACCUCUCCACGUCCUGGUCCAGGGUCUGACCUGCUCAUCGAUGUCCAUGCAUGUCCCGGAUGGAGCAUUAAAACUGACAAAGUGCACAGAUUCAUUACCAAAUUCCUUAUAUUAUGGAAUGACUAUAGCAGUGUUUUUAGUAUUAGACUGCAAAAUGGUUUUUUUUUUUAUUAUUUAUUUGAGAUUUUUAUUUAGCUGACAUCACUUUUUAGCAGAAUUCUAAAUAAGCUCAAUAUUUUAAAAAUAUAUUUAUGUUUUAAAGUGGGCUGCACAGUGGAGUAGUGGUUAGCACUUUUGCCUUGCAACAGGAAGAUCCCCGGUUCAAAUCCCUGCCUGGGCCUGGGGUCUUUCUGCAGGGAGUUUGCAUGUUCUCCCUGUGCAUGUGUGGGUUUUCUCACGUUUUUAACAUGUUCAGCAUUUUUGAACAAAUUAGUUCACAAAAACAUCUGUAAACCUGGGUCCAAACUUUUGACUGGUAGUGUAAGUAGCAUAUAAAGAAAAGUUCAUCACAAAGAAAAAUCCAGGUGACCUGUGGAGGGUUCUUCAGAUCAGCUUAUUUAAUGCUUUUCUGACACCUAGUGGACAAAAUUAGUAAAUUCAAAAAAUGGCUCUCAUUUGAAGAUACCAUGAAUAAAAUGUUUUAAUUGCAAAUUCUGUUCAAUAUUACACUAAAAUCCAAAUCUGCUCCGUCACAGUCUGCCAUGAAAAUACAGACGGAGAACUUCAAUCAGAUGCUGUGGUGAGAAAUCACCGGAAAAGGAACAAAUGUCAGGAGCUGCAAGAUAAUAAUACAUUGCUUACAUAGCACCCUUAAGAACAGCGUUCACAGGGCACUUUAACAGUUAAGACACGUAAACACAGAAGCAAUCAAACAAGACCAGGCAGAGUAGUCAAAUAAAACAAACAGUAAAAAUGAUAAUAAGUUAAAUGAAUUAUUAGCUACAUUAACAUGCAUAUCAGACAAAGGAAGUAGGCAGUUUAAAAAUUAAACAAUAUGAUUCAAGGUUAAAAAUUAGAAAUUAAAAAUCUCUGACAAACAAAGAAUUAAAGAUGACUUCACACCAAAGAAAUACGCAACCAAAAUUAAAAUAACACGAGAGAACAUAUACCAUAAACAGAGCUAAAAGUAAACUUAACAUAAAAGGAAGUCAGUAAUAGUCGGUUUCAGAAGUGAUUUUAAAGAAAUUACUGACUCUGCAGGCCUCAUCCCCUCAGGCAGGUUGUUCCUGAUGGAGAAAAAUCUGUCACCCUUAGAUUUAAACCUUGACUUUGGAACAACAUAUGCAAAAUGCAAUCUCAAUUGAUUUGGAGUCCUCCUCGGUUAACGUGAUAACUGCAGUGCCUCUGUUGUAAAUACAGCAGAAGCUCCACUGCUGUAUCUGUUAUCAGCUGUUUUUGAGAAAGAGCAAGAACAGAUUUUAUGCCACACAGCACGUUUUUAUGACAGAGAAAAGUAAAAAUGAUGUGAAAAGUGUGCAGCUUGUGACCUUGCCGCCCUCUAUCUAACAGCUCACAGGGACUAAAUCGUCUCUUGAGAAGUAAUUUCAGAAUGUAAAAUACAUUCAGUGGCUGCUGCUGUGAAAAUCCAGACCUUUAAUCGUAUCAACGCUUCGUUGAGGUUUAUUACAAAUUGUAAAAUGUCAACACACCACUAUGAGUUAUACUCUCGGGUGGGAUGGCCAUCUCUAGCCACCAGAAGGAUUCAUCAUUGGUAUAUUUUCAUAUAGAAGGUAAUACUUGGACUGCUUCCUACCUGCAUUUGCUCCUCAACAGCAUAGAAAAGUUGUGAUCUUCACUCGCUCCGCUCACAAGAUCAUCUGUUACUUUUAGUUCCACGUGUUCGUACUGAGCUGGGUAAAAAAGCUUUUGCUUAUUCUGCACCUUCUGCCCGGAACAUGUUGCAGAAAGAUUUCAGAUUAACUGAGUUCAUCUCAUUGAGUGCCUUUAAAUCAAAACUGCAAGUUCUUGAGGCCAUUUCUACAACUUCUACUUGUUUUUUAUAACUUGUUUUGUAAAUUUUAUUAUUGUUGUUGUUUUUAUUUCUUUUCUUUUUUUUUUUGUAUAUUAAUCAUGUCUUAACUGUGUGAUUUUAUAACUGUUUUGUAUCCGCUGCUGCUUAUCUUGGCCAGGACUCCCUUGGAAAAGAGGUUUUUAAUCUCAAUGGGAUCUUUCCUGGUUAAAUAAAGGUUAAAUUAAAAAAAAAAUCAAAAGCAAGUUGCUGAGAAAUUUACACCUGCAGCAACUGACUUUUAGCCACUUGGGGGCAACACAGGAAAAGACACUGUGAGCAAAGCAUCAACAUACAGUAUUUACAGGUGAUUACUUGGACACUUAAAGGCAUUAUGGAGGAUGUUUUUUGUUUGUUUGUUUAAUUUGUCUGAUUCACAUAAAAUGAAUAUACUGACCUUUAGUGGACUUGUAUGUAUGGUCUCUAAAAGAAUAAAAAAUAAAAAAUAAAUAACUGUGGACAUGGCAGGACCUGAAAAACAUCAGCCAAUCAA